AUUUUGCUCAGCUGAUUUUGUAAAUUGUUUUAAGCUAGUUCUAUAAACCGCUAAAGCUAAGGUUUUAUACAAUAAAAAAAUGAGAUUAUCACAUCUGCUAAAUGCCAUGACGACAAGACAACCAGUUUUGCCGCGACGAAGGGUAAAUUAAAUUUAGAAUAAAGGACUUACCGGAACAAAUAUAAUCAUCUGAACAUUCAUACAUCGUAUCUAUACAUACAUACAUCAACAAACUUAAAUCUUUGGCGAUAGUGACUACAGGUGCAUCUAUAUUCUAUGCGGGCUUUUGCAUUUACAAAGGCAAUGAAAAAUUUUACAAGAACACUUUAAUGCCUUUAUCACGCUAUUUGCCAGCAGAAACAAGUCAUAACUUGGCCGUUCUCGCUUGUAAAUAUAAGGUGUUCCCAGCCUCGCCACAAUCAGACUCACAUAAUUUGGCUGUCACAUUUUUUAACAAAGAAAUAUCGAAUCCAAUCGGCAUCGCUGCUGGCUUUGAUAAGCAAGGUGAAGCUGUAGAAGGUUUAUAUAAAUUAGGAUUUGGCUUCGUGGAAAUUGGGUCAGUAACCCCAGAACCGCAGCCCGGCAAUCCAUUACCGCGAGUUUUUCGUUUAAUUAACGAUGAUGCUAUUAUAAAUCGAUAUGGAUUCAAUAGUGAAGGACAUCGCGCUGUGUUUGAACGUUUAAAUGAACUAAGGAAUGUGCGAGGUUUCGACGGAGUGCUUGGUGUCAAUCUAGGCAAAAAUAAAACAUCGAAAUCUCCGAUUUCAGAUUAUGUGAAUGGCGUAAAAGUGUUUGGUCCCAUUGCUGACUAUUUGGUUAUUAAUGUAAGUAGUCCAAAUACGCCAGGUCUACGAGAUUUACAAGGUAAAAAAGAGUUGGAACAGUUGCUGACAGCAAUCAUUGCAGCGCGUAACUCGUUGACAGUUAAUAAUAAAAUACCAAUAUUUUUGAAAAUAUCACCAGAUAUUACUAAACAAGAUAUAAAUGACAUUGUUGGUGUUAUAAAUAAGAAAAAUUGUCGCGUUGAAGGAUUAAUAGUUUCCAAUACUACACUAACACGCGAUAAUCUGAAGGAAGUUGAGUUGGCGAAAGAGGUUGGUGGUUUAAGUGGCCCACCUAUACGUUCCAAAUCGACGCAACUAAUUGCUGAAGUUUAUGCACAAACGGGCGGAAAAAUUCCUAUUAUUGGUGUUGGCGGUAUAUCAUCAGGUCAAGAUGCGUUGGAAAAGUUGGAGGCAGGAGCCUCCUAUUUGCAAUUCUAUACUGCCUUUAUAUAUGAAGGACCGCCGGUUGUGCAACGUAUUAAAAGGGAGCUAUCACAAUUGCUAUCUGAUAAAGGGUAUAAGAGCGUGAAAGAUGCCGUGGGCAAAUGUUACAAAAACUACCUUCAAAAAUAAUUUGUUAAAUUUAAAAUAUUUG